AUGGUCAUCUCCCGCUGCACGCUCGGCGACGCGGAGUGUGGGGUGGAAGGCGGCGGCGCGAGGCUGAGGAAGGCGUUCGGCGAGAUGGAGGAGCUCCUCGACACGGUGCCCAUGGGCAGUGCCGUGGCUGCGGUGGGUAGACACGAUUGUUUCUUCACAACCAAGGUGCGGAAUGGGCAGAAAGCAGGAGCAGCAGCAGUCCUUAUUGUUAAUGACAGAAAUGAACCUUUAUUUGCAAUAGACGAACCAGAAAGUGGCGAGACAACACUCAAUUUACACUUACAGGAUAUUACCAUUCCUUCAGCACUUAUAACCAAAAGCCUUGGGGAGAGUCUAAGGAAAGCAAGUAACAAUGGCGACUUGGUUGAUGUAAACUUGGACUGGGAGGAGUCCCGACCGUACCCUCAUGAGCGUGCCGAGUAUGAAUUUUGGACAAACGGUAACGAUGAAUGUGGUCCAAAAUGUGAUGAGCAAGUUGAUUUCCUGAAGAGAUUCAAAGGUGUAGCCCAGAUACUCGAGAAGAAGGGCUACACACAGUUCACUCCUCAUUACACUACUUGGUAUUGCCCAGAGAGCUUCAUGUUCAGCAAGCAGUGCAGGUCCCAGUGUAUCAACUAUGGGAGGUAUUGUGCACCAAAUCCGGAACAAGAUUUCGGCAAAGGGUACGAUGGGAGCGAUGUGGUGGUUCAGAAUUUAUAUCAAAUUUGUGUGUUCAAAGUUGCAAAGGAGACCGGGAAGCCUUGGUUAUGGUGGGACUAUGUGACUCAUUUUGCUAUUAGGUGCUCAAUGAAGGAAAAGAACUACAAUGAAAAAUGUGCUCACAGAGUAAUCAAAUCACUUGGCCUUAAUCAAAAAGCGGUUGACAUGUGUGUUGGUGAUCCUAACGCAGACGAGGAAAAUCCUGUGCUAAAAGCUGAACAAGAUGCACAGAUUGGCAAGGACUCUGGCAAUCAUGUUACUAUCUUGCCAACACUAGUAAUCAACAAUAGGCAAUACAGAGGGAAACUUGAAAAGGCAGCAGUUCUUAAAGCUCUCUGCGCCAGCUUCCGAGAAAAUAAUGAACCGUCUGACACCUCCGUUGGAACGGUUUGUGAAUGUCCUGUUCUACAAGGUGUGAAAUACAUUGGUGAUGGUUACAACCACUGCGAAGCUCCCAUGGAUGUCCAACGAGAGACCAGCAAUCGAAACUGGCCCCAACAGAUCAAGAAUGAUGAAACCAUGUCGAAUGCUUGGGAUCCUUCUGUGGGUCCCACUGUCAAAGAAACAAAGACAGAGGUUGCCUGCGAGGCCAUUUACAAGCUCUUUUCAGGCAUACAGAAGUUGGCACACAAUGUGUUCUAG